UUUUACCCUCUAACCAUUUCAUUACUAAAACACAAAACAAACUCUGGAAAGGAGUUUGUUGGUGAGAAAACACUGAAAGUACGAUUUAAAUUGAGGAAUGGAGAUUUUCUGUGGAUAAUUAUCUACGUUCCACUUUACCAAAGAAAAAUGAAUUUCAAGUAGUGCAUAAAGUAAUUCUCGUUAAAAAAUGUGGGAAUGAAGAGAUCAGUCCUGGGUACUGGGAAUAUAUUUAUCUCACAGAAAAAUCUUGCCCACAAAAUGCAUCAGACUGAGAAGAAACACUCUAGGGUAUAUUAAAUUUUAUUCUAAUAUUGAAGGGAGGAAAAAAAAGGACGGAAAGAAAAAUGAAACAGGACGAAAAAUAAGGUGAUUGAGAGAGAGAAAAGACAGAGAAACUUGUUAACUACAGGACUUUCUGAGCAAGAUAUUUUUCUUCCUUUUACAAGUUGGAAGCUAUUGAAUAAUUCAUGCCAAGCGUGGAAAGGCUGUCUUUUCCCCGGGUGAUGUAUAACUAAGCAGGAGAGAGCUUCGAGUGGGUUCACCACAUCAGCCACCACUCUUGCUUCUGAGCACAGGGUGCUCUCCUCUUGAGCUCAGCUUCUGCUUUUGCAGCCAAGCAUUCUUGCUGCUGCUGCCUGCCUGCCCACCCGCCUGGGCUUGCAGCCCGCCACUUUACUUUCUCCAGCCCUGAUACCAGCUGAGAAGUCUUCCUGCAGCUGCUAGUUCCUGCCCAGGACCAUGUGUGUGGAUGCUGCUUGGGAGAAGCGGGCACUUGCUCCUGGCACUGAUCCCAGCUGAGUUCCUCCUGUUGAUUUCUGGACCACUGAUGCUGUUGCUGAGGAGGUAUUUCCUGGCAUCCCUCCCUCUGAGACACCAGCUAAGGACCAGCCUAAACGCAAGGCAGGAAAGUGUCAGGAUGGACCGCGCUGCCAGAAGCCGACGCUAGCGAGGGAGGUGUGAAGAGUUGGCCAGAAUGACCAACUCCUCCUCCACAUCCACCUCCUCCACCACCGGUGGCUCGCUGCUGCUGCUCUGCGAGGAAGAGGAGUCGUGGGCGGGCCGGCGCAUCCCGGUGUCACUCCUGUAUUCGGGCCUGGCCAUCGGGGGCACCCUGGCCAACGGCAUGGUCAUCUAUCUCGUGUCGUCCUUCCGAAAGCUGCAGACCACCAGCAACGCCUUCAUCGUGAACGGCUGCGCAGCCGACCUCAGCGUCUGCGCCCUCUGGAUGCCGCAGGAGGCGGUGCUCGGGCUUCUGCCCACCGGCUCUGCGGAGCCCCCUGCGGACUGGGAUGGCGCUGGGGGCAGCUACCGCCUGCUACGGGGUGGGCUGCUGGGCCUCGGACUCACUGUGUCCCUCCUCUCCCACUGCCUCGUGGCCCUGAACCGCUACCUGCUCAUCACCCGGGCGCCCGCCACCUACCAGGCGCUGUACCAGAGGCGCCACACGGCGGGCAUGCUGGCGCUGUCCUGGGCGCUCGCCCUGGGCCUCGUGCUGCUGCUCCCGCCCUGGGCACCGCGGCCUGGCGCCGCGCCACCUCAAGUCCACUACCCGGCGCUGCUGGCCGCCGCGGCGCUGCUGGCGCAGACAGCGCUGCUGCUGCACUGCUACCUGGGCAUCGUGCGCCGCGUGCGUGUCAGCGUCAAGCGGGUCAGCGUGCUCAACUUUCACCUGCUGCACCAGUUGCCCGGCUGCGCCGCCGCCGCCGCCGCCUUCCCGGGCGCCCAGCACGCGCCGGGCCCCGGUGGCGCCGGGCACCCGGUGCAGGCCCAGCCCCUGCCGCCCGCGCUGCACCCGCGGCGGGCACAGCGGCGUCUUAGCGGCCUGUCGGUGCUGCUGCUCUGCUGCGUCUUCCUGCUGGCCACGCAGCCACUGGUGUGGGUGAGCCUGGCCAGCGGCUUCUCGCUGCCGGUGCCCUGGGGAGUGCAGGCGGCCAGCUGGCUCCUGUGCUGCGCCCUGUCCGCGCUCAACCCGCUGCUCUACACGUGGAGGAACGAGGAGUUCCGCCGCUCCGUGCGCUCAGUCCUGCCGGGCGUCGGCGACGCGGCGGCCGCUGCCGUUGCCGCCACAGCCGUGCCCGCAGUGUCCCAGGCGCAACUGGGCACCCGCGCCGCGGGCCAGCACUGGUAACCCAGCCGGGGCCCGAGGGAGGCGGAGAUCCCCGGCUUCCAACGUCCUUGGUCACCGUCGCCUCCUUCCCUCCUAAGGCAUCCCCAGCCUGAACGAAGACUCCCGCCGCGAAGCCCAAUAGAUCGGGGGAAAAUGGGGCCUUCGACCCCAGCGGGCUACCUGAACCAAGGCGUCUCUCUAAGUGGGGCGCCCGAAGUCAUUUUGGACGGCCACCUGAUUUUUACCCUUUGUUUCUGUGUUUUAGAGAAAUCCUAAAGUCAAAACACCAGAGACUUGAAGAACUAGCAAACUGGCGUUUUAAAAUAACCGGUUAAUUUAUUUCGACACAGUUUGUUUUUGAAAAAGAGCUUUCAUAAUGUAUAACCCUUCCCACUUUCAUCGUCUUAUAUAUGAAGCGCCUUGAGUGUGCAUGAGCCAAAGGAAAUAACAUUGAAGAAGGAAAACAAUAUGUAGAAAGUAUUUUAGAAAGUAACCUGUCUUUGAUGAUGCUUCUCUUACCAUUUAGUUUUCGUAUAUUACCCUGGAGCAGUGAAGCCCUAGGUGUGCCCACCAGUAUGAGUUGCCAUUAAGACCUCAAGCCCUUUAUUCUUAAAAGGGUUUUUAAUAAAAUCUUUCUCAAAUGAGGUAGAAUCUUAGCCAGUGAGAAAAAAAAUUAUUUUAUGCUCCUUUUUUUUGCACUCUUAAGACUGAAAAUUGGCGUUGAGUGUUAAAGUGAAAAUUUUCCAGUUUGAUAAUUGAUGAUCAGAGCCAGCACUGGAAUUUUGAAAACAAAUAAGGUGAUUAUCUAUUUUAGGUACCGUUUCACAUUUUCUAUAGCAUGCACACUUGUUGCUACCCUCAUUUUGUAACCAAUUUAUUUGCCUUAUGAAUGUGAUUGCAGCUUUGAACAUUCUGUACUAUAAUGGUUGCUAAGAAGAAUAAGUCCUUCUGUUUUCUCUUUAACAUUUAAAAUAUCUCAAUGCACAUGAUAUAAUUAAACACUAAUAAUACCAUGACUGCAUAGCUAAUAUUAGCUGCUAUUGCAUGCUCCUAGAUGCUAGAACUUAUUGGGCAUGUGGUAUACUAAAGCAAUACCCGUUAGACAAGGAUAUUUUACUUCUUCCAGACACCAGAAGAAAUGGCCUUCAAUUAUUUGAAAAGAGACACAGAGACACCUCUGGCUACCUAGAGUUCUUCCUGUCUUGACCCAAUUUAUGAGAAAGCUCCCAGUUGGGACUUUAUCUCACAAAUGGAAUCACAGUCAAGAUGGAUCAAUGAUGUGGUUUGGCUCAGCAAAGCCAGCUGUGCUCUUUUAGGGUUUAGACAAGCCACACGUUAGAAAGCAACCCUGUUUUUAUGUAGUUCACAUAUAUUACCAUGACAUUUAACAUUAAUAUUGUAUAUGUUCAAGGAGUUAUAAUAAACUCAGUCAUAUAUAGAGAACAGUUCAAAUGGGAAAGUGUUCUAAAACAUAUUAUUUGAGAUUUGUCAUAUUCAUCUUUGGUUUACUAAAUUUACUUAGAAAUAUUUGAAAUGCAAAAUUGUGUGAAAUCACCUUAUCAAAUUAAAAUGGGAAGAAAGUAAUUUUAAUACUUUUUAAUAAUCAUAUGUCAGCAUUCUGACUACUCACCACAUCAAAUCUGGGCCGAAACAGCCUCAGUUAACUGCAUAAUUCAGGAACAAAACCAGCUUGCUUUGUUGCACGCCUGGGCAAUUUCAGCCAGGAUAUUAGGACCACUUGUUGUACAUUUGAAUAAUUAUGGAAGUUGGGACAUGUUAAGGAAAAUAAAUAUGCUCAUCACCAACAAUCAGCUGUCAUUUUAUUAAUCUAUCCCUUUUGUGCAUGCACCAUUUCUCUCUUACUAACAGUUUCAUCUGUUCACAUUUUCCUUGAUUCAAAUAUUAAAGUUCAGACAACUA